CGACACACACGAGGUAAUAAAAGUCAUAUUGGAAGUAGGUUUGUGUAAAUCAUAUUUGUUUUAUUUAUUAAAUAUCAAAUCUGCUUCAAUUUGUAUUUAAAAGUCAUAUCUGGAAAUCUGGAUUCUGGAUUCAUCAAGCUUUAUCUAUCACAUUUUUUUAAGCAUGAAUUUUUUUUAUUUAUUAUUUUAUUGGCACGAUACGAUAAAAUUACAAUAUUUGUAUAUUCUAUGAUUAUUAUUAUUUUCUUAUUUCUAUCACUGUUGUUAUUUCAUCAUUUCAUUUCAGAGCUGCAACGGACAUUUUAAAUAUAUGAAACGAGGUCUAUAAAUACGAUUGGGGGCUUUUAUUUUGAUAUUUUUACUCUGUCUCUACAGUGCAUUCCCAGAUGUUUUCUACAAUGUGCACUGGACUUUAAAUCACAAAUGAAUGAUGCAAAGUGAUUCAUUUCAGAUUUCUAAUCGAUAAAGUGUUAUAUAGUGCUAUAUAUUGUGCAUUUGCAUUAUCACCUCAGUGGCAUUAUUAUUUUCUUUUUAUUAUUAUUAUUUUCUUGUUAAACGAUUCAUCUGAACAAUCCUGCCAGAAAUGGAGAGCCAACACGGCAAGUGGACGCUGUCUGACAGUGACGACGAUGAGGAUAAUAAUAACGUCGUACCUCCGACACCACCGAAAGACAUAAAGAAACCCUUAAAGAACAUCAAGGCUGAUCCAGAGCCCAAAGCCAGCCUGGUUAAUACACUGUUCAAGCCCAAAUCUGAGCCCAGAAAAGACAGUGACGUGAAGCUUGAGACAGAAAAACCGCCCGUCCUUGCCACGGGCUCCGAAGCUCGACAAGCCGUACACGUCUAUCAGAAUAACCCGGUGAAAAACGACAGCGGCCCUUCUCCGGCGCUGAAACGGAAGAGAGAAACAGAUGAGGGAGGCUGGAACCUCUCCAGCAGUAGUGACGAUGACGGAGCUCCCUCGUCAGCCCCCAAAGACAAACCGAAACCCAAAGCGCCGACUUCGAGUCCUCCGAGGAAGAAGCCCGAGAGGAGUCGGCCCCCGAGCCCACACGGUGAUCAUUAUUAUAAAGAGGAACCCAGUGAUUUCUUCGAGGCCAGCUUAAACACCAUGAACGACACAUACCGCUUUUAUUUAAACAAAGUCACGGGGAUAGAAAAGAAGUACAACACUGGAGCUUUGCACAUUAAAGAAAUACUUUCCCCCAUGUUUGGCACGCUAAAGGAAUCCGUUCAGUUUAACUACUGCUUUGAUAUUCCAUGGAUGGUGCAACAAUAUCCUCCUGAGUUUAGGAAUAAUCCUGUAACUAUCGUGCACGGAGAGAAGCGAGAGUCGAAAGCUCGCCUCAUCCAGCAGGCUCAGCCCUACAGCCAUAUUCGCUUCUGUCAGGCCAAGCUGGAUAUCGCCUUCGGGACUCAUCACACGAAGAUGAUGCUCUUGUGGUACGAGGAAGGCUUUAGAGUCAUCGUCCUGACGUCAAACCUCAUCCAGGCUGACUGGUACCAGAAGACACAAGGACUGUGGAUGAGCCCUCUGUACCCACGGUUACCAGAAGGAAGCCCCGAGACGGCCGGCGAGUCUCCUACACACUUCAAACGAGACCUUCUGGAGUAUCUGAACGCGUACCGAGCCCCGGAGCUGGCCGAGUGGAUCGAGCGCAUCAAAGAACACGACCUGUCAGAAACCAGGAUCUACCUUAUUGGUUCCACACCGGGAAGGUUUCAGGGAUCCAACAUGGAGAAGUGGGGUCACUUAAAGUUGAGGAAGUUGCUGAGCGAACACGCACAUCCAGAGCAGAACGCCGAGAAGUGGCCCGUGAUUGGUCAGUUCUCCAGCAUCGGCUCUAUGGGCCUGGAUAAGACCAAGUGGCUCUCGGCGGAGUUCCAGCGUACGCUGACGACGUUAGGCAAGAGCGGGAAACCGUUAACCGUCCCAGAGACACCACUCCUGCUGGUUUAUCCUUCAGUGAACAAUGUCCGAACCAGUUUGGAAGGCUACCCAGCUGGAGGUUCUUUACCCUACAGUAUACAGACAGCACAGAAGCAGAUCUGGCUCCAUUCCUAUUUCCAUGGAUGGAGAGCCGAAACCUCAGGCAGGAGCAGUGCGAUGCCCCACAUCAAGACCUACAUGAGGACGUCGCCGGAUUUCUCUCAGCUGGCCUGGUUUCUCGUUACGAGUGCCAAUUUGUCCAAAGCCGCCUGGGGGGCGCUGGAGAAAAACAAUACUCAGAUGAUGGUUCGUUCCUACGAGCUGGGAGUUCUGUACCUGCCUUCAGCCUUCCAAAUGAGCACAUUUCCAGUGGAGAAGAACAUCUUCCCCGUCUCAAGCUCCUCCACAGGUUUCCCUGUGCCAUUCGAUUUGCCACCACUUCGCUACUCCAGUAAAGAUCAGCCGUGGAUCUGGAAUAUUCCAUACACACAAGCGCCAGAUACUCACGGAAACAUCUGGGUCCCGUCCUGAAAGCCGCCGUUCCCAUUGCUGCUUGGAUACUAAGGGCCAAACGAGGACAGGAAGUACCUGCUGUCUAUUACUGUUUUAUUAAACUGGACUCUCGACUACAGUAAACAUGGUGCUGGAAAAAAAUAAUAAAACAGACUGUGAGUAUUUUUGAUAUUGACAUAGUUAGGUAAUAAAGAAUUAGCAAUGAUAACUGUCCUAAGUCUCUUGAGCUUGUAGUAUUUUUAUUUCUGAAUAGUAUUUCAACGUGUAAUCCAUGUUGUCUUAAAAUAAAACCUUUUUUAUUUUCCCCACUCUCCACACUUUCAGCACAGACUGAUGCAAAUGGCUGAAUGGUCCCUCUUGAGACAAAUUGCUGUUUUCGAAGAAGCGCAGCUUUUUAUUUAUUUAUUUAUUUUUUUUUUUUUUUUGGUCUGAAUGGCACCUGCAUGCAAUGAGACAUCGGUAAUUACGUUCCAGCUCCAAACUGAGGGCCUGCGAAUUAGUUUUCAUCUCGACCUUACCCAAUCAGUUUGGGCACCAUUUAAAUGUCAUCAUUUCACAUCUCAUAGUGAGAGCACUUCCCUUUGUGUGUGUGUGUGUGUGUGUGUUUGCAGUACAACAUAAGAGAGCAAUCUGUCUGCAGAGGGCAAACACGGAGACAAACGAUAAAUGAUGCGGGUAAGAAAAUUCAAGGUAGGGUUCUGGGUGUUUCCACGGCGUGGUGCGAUUCGCAUCGUCACUAUUUAUUGCACGACGUGCGUUCGUAUACCUGCAUAAGUCUCGUAUACACCUGACACAAGUGAUACUUUUUAAAUUAGGGAAUGGAUUAGUGUUUAUUCAGCGGCUUUGCACAGAAACUGAUAUGUUGCUUAGCAACAGCAUCGUAAAUUUCCAUUACAGCUGUAACAGCUUGAUCUCUCGUGACUUGGAUCGUUUUUUUUUUUUUUUGUGUUUGUUUGGUUUUUGGACACGAGUACAUCUCAGAUCUGCAUACAUUACCAGGAAAAAGGAGUAGAGUACACGGCACUUGAGAAAGCAGUAUGAAUUAUGGAUGUCGCUGAAAGCCUACGCGGACAUUCGUGACAUUUACAGAUACCGUUUUAUGAUUUGACGGAAUUCUGUCUUUCAUCCUAAAAAGGUCAUUCGGUAUUGAUCUCGGACUAUUUCGGUUAUUUCUAAACAUUGUCGGCAGAGCACGACCGAAUGCCGGGGACGUAUCGCGUUUCCCCCGGUCCGUGUGACCUUACGGAAAGGUGGCCAACUUUUAGACUGUUUAUUUCAUACACCAACAAUUAUUUUUCGCUGUGAUGUCAUACGAGACAUUUAAAACGUCACAUCUGCAUUCUGUUUAAAUUAAACACCGUCUGCGGUCUGGGUCGAAAUGGCCGAGAGUUCGAUCCUGUGAUUAAGGUUGCCAGGUCUUUGCAAGAUUUCCAGAGUUACAUCUUCUAUAUUGUAUAUUUAUGUAUAUAUUAUUAAAGUAUUUGAAUCAGGUGUAUUAAUGCUAAGAAACAUUAGCAUUAGAAAAAAAGGUAUGACAAAUCUCAGCUUGCAGUAACUUACAGUCUUAUGCUAACCGCUUCAUCAAACAAGAGCUCUCGUCUAUAAUAAAACACUCAUUUAGAGUCCUCUAAGACUGAUUAACAAGUCCUGAAAUACUUGAUUAUCCCUUCUUCCCCCUUAUUUCCUUGCCAACAAAGAGUAAACUGUAAUAAGGCAUUAAAAAGUGUUCAAAAACCCCAGGAGUGCAUAAAAAAUAAUGCUAAUCAUUUCAGAAAACCAAGUCACAGCCUACUUUGCCAUCUUCUUCUACAAAUAUCUACAAGAUGUCCCGUCUUCUGUUUUAACCUGCUCUGCUAUUAACUAGAAACAUGAAGUACUAGAGUUUAUGCUAGAACUGAAAUGGACUGUUAUUGGACACCCACACUUUUUUUGUGUGUGUUUUCUUUGCACUUUGACCAAAUGUACCAAACCGUUGGUGCAAACGGCCUCAGGUCUGAUGGUAAAACACCCUUAUUGUGGAAAUAAAAUUGUGAUUAAACUGCUAUAAAUCACUGAUAGAAAACACUGAAAUGUGUGCUGCAGUGUGGUUUGAAUCCAGGAACAGGCCUCUGAAACAAGUCCACUGUAGCAGAAUAAAUCAGGUGAACAAAAUAAAUUAAAUCUAUAUUUGAGAAAAAACAUGUCCCAACAUGCCAGACUAUUUCUUCUUUUUUUAUAUAUAUUUUUCUUUUCGUCUCUCCACACCAAGCCCCUGCUGACAAAUCUGACAAUUACCACAGACAGAACAC